AUGAAGCAAUUAUGGCUGCGGGUUUCUAUCAACGAUCGGCGAAAACUAGCGUUCUCAAGGGCGAAAGCACGAGGUUUGUGCUGCAUCAUUACAACUUUGAUGUACGCCGCGAUACUNGCGAAAACUAGCGUUCUCAAGGGCGAAAGCACGAGGUUUGUGCUGCAUCAUUACAACUUUGAUGUACGCCGCGAUACUGUCAUAACACGUACGGUUCAUAAGACUCUACUGGAGAACCUUACUUCAACACCAGAGUCGGACAAGCUUCUCAGUGACCUUCUGCUGUUGGAGCGCCGGCUGUUCGGUCGGUUGCGCUUCGCACCCACCGCUGGGCGGCAGUGGUUUGUUUUGGGGCUUCCCUUUGAAGAUAUCAAAUCAGAGAAAGACAUUUAUCGUGUGCUUGGUAUUCCAGUAGUAAAGACAAGUGGAAAUUUUGAGUUGCGGGAGGACGCUACGGAGAAGAUGUGGAAGAAGAUUAUUGUGUCUCCAAAAUCUGAGGCUGCCAACAGUUUUGCUGAGGAAGGAGGAUUUACACCGCACCAUGCGGAAAGGGAACUGUGCUUGGAGCGACGCGUUCAAAAACCAGCUCCGCCAAUGGAGUUUUGGGACCGCGUGAAGGACACUCUCCUGCGGUACUGGGUGAUAUGGUUCUCCUUGUGGAUCAUGUUUUUUAUGGUGGACGAGGAGAUUAUUACUAUUGUGGCCCUUAUACUUCUCAAGUGGCGGCAGACGCAAAUACUGGAGGAGGAGGCAGAGAAAACGGGGGGCAAAGUGUACAUUGCAUCGUCAUCGGGGCGCUCCCGCUAA